CUACCCAUGUAAAAGGAUUUAAUCGCCAUAACUUAACAGAGUACAAGGAAUACAGCAUGGCAAAGUUUCUGUGCACGCAUGAGCCAAUAUGGUUAUAUAACACCACAUCAAGCGCUGUUCGUGAAUGCGAAGUGGAUCAAAUGAUGAUGAUAAACAGACUUUCAGUUCUUCUGAUGCGAUCUUAUUACGAAAAGAAAACAAAGGUUUCUGUCUAUAUUCAAGGAAUGUUUGAUCCAAGUGAUAAAAAUCGCAUGUUUAUUACCAUUCCAAGAGAAGCAAAAGCGAUUGUGCAGAGCGUUACUGAGGAGUUGAUGUAUCUGAGUAAGAAGUCAAGAUGUGCAGUUAUCAGGAUUACAGUACUUCCAGGUCUUGAAUCUGCAGGUCCCGAACUCAUCUAUGACCUCAGAGUUCGAAACUCCUCUUUAUCGCGUGGACCUAGCAAAGGAUGUAUGAAAAAUUUCGCAAAGUUCGCUAGAGCACCUUCUCCGGUAUAUCAGCCGAAAUGUCAAGAGAUACUCAACACGAAGAUAGAGCAACAACUUAUCAUUCAAGGACAACAAGUACCAAGAAAACACCAUCUCCGCUAGGUUUUUGUCUCUGCACCUGAUUAUGUAUUUAAGGGCUGUUUAAAAUCAUUGUAAGACAAAUAAAAUUCCAGUAUACU